AUGCCCACCGCGCGCAGCCUGCUCUCGCGGCGCUGGUUCCGCUCGCGCCGCGCCGAUGACGCUGACGAUGCCCCCCGAGCCCUGCCGCCCACCAUGGACCGCCGGCCGCGAGUGGCCCGCGUGCUCAGCUCCCCGGCGAGGGCGCAGACCAGCCCGCUCGACGAGGAGUCCCUCGAGCGGGCCUACCCCUCCAUGGGGCAGCUCGAGUAUGUCCUCGCCGGCUCGUCACCCCCCGCCGAGAGCGCCCCCAACAUGUACGAUAGCUUCGAGGAACCCCCGCUCGACCUAACUGCGCACAUCUGCUCCGAUUCGCUACGUCAGAGCGCUUACGAACAAAUGCGAGCAGUCGGCGGCAGGCUGAGACUUCUCGACGAAUUGGAAUCGGGCGUCAUAACAAUAGAAACCGCAGUCACUACAUUCGCAGCGGCAUCCGAGGCCGAGAGAAAUGUCUGCCUAUUUUGGGCAUCCUUUCUUAAGCUUGGUCAAUUUUUAUCGCCACUUAUCGAAGCGGGCGCGGACCCGUUAUAUUUCGACGCGCUCGGCCUAUCCCCAUUACACGCGGCCGCGUUUAGUGGCUCGGCGGAGUGCGCCAAUUAUUUGCUAUCAUGCGGAGCGGACCCCAAUUACAUGCCAAGAUGUUUUGCACCUCUUCACUGCGCUGCAUUUGGAAAUUCUGUGGAAGUGGCUAACAUACUCAUCAACCGUGGCGCUUCGGUUCAAGCAGCUGUCAAAUACGUCAACUGUGAAGGUGGUCUACUGCAUUGCGCUGUGCGUGCUAAUUCCGUUGAAUGUCUCAAAUUGUUUAUAUCGCACGGUGUCGACGUCAAUCAAAUAGAACCCGGCGGCACUAAUGCAAUUCACCUUGCCGCUGAUUUGGGAAUGUUUCAAUGCCUUUCAAUUCUUCUGGAAACACCGGGGGCCGAUCCUAACGUCAGAACAAGAGUGGGUGACAGAGAAUCAACGGCAUUGCAUUUGGCAGCCGACGGUGGAUUCGGAGAAUGCGUGGAUUUACUUCUAACCAAAGGAGCCGACUCUUCUUUAAAAAACCAUAGAGGAUUCACUGCUCUGCAUCUAGCAGCACGAUCGGCAAGCUUAGAAUGCGUGGAAUCGUUACUCAGAAAAGGAAACGCAGAACCGAAUUCUAUGGAUUUUGAUAAAAGAACCCCGCUUCAUGCUGCCAUAGGAAAAUCUGAUAGCGCUUGUGACAUUAUUGAAACAUUAAUAAGUUGGGGAGCAAACGUCAAUCAAAAAGAUGAAUACGGGUUCACACCAUUACACUUAGCUGCACUUGACGGACUCUCUACAUGUGUUGAAACCUUAAUUUAUCACGGCGCUGAUGUGACAACGCGAUCUAAAAAAGGAAACUCAGCGCUUAAUGUUAUAGCCCGCAAGACUCCCGCGUCCCUAGCGAUGAUAACAAGGAAGCUGGACUGUGCUAUCACAUUACACCACUCGCAAUCUAGCAACCGAGAGGUCGAACUUGAACUUGACUUCCGCAGCAUUCUCCAACACUGCUACCCACGGGAAAUAAGCUAUCUGAACACAUUUGUAGAUGAAGGACAGAAGGAAGUGUUACUUCAUCCUCUCUGUUCUGCGUUCCUGUAUAUUAAAUGGGAAAAAAUACGUAAAUACUAUGUUGCACGAUUAUUUUUAAGCUUUAUUUUCGUACUUUGUCUCACUCUAUAUGUACUAACUGCACUUGCACAUAAUUGUUAUAAUGGAAGUAAGGACAUGGAGGAGACGAUUCAAGAGCAAGAGCUGUGUCAAAAGCAAUCUAUACUCGGUGAUUUACUGAGAAAGAACCCAUUUGUAAUAGAAAUGCAAUGGUGGGUGCUUGCAGGUAUAACGAUUUUUGAAAUAUUCAGAAAAGUAUAUGGCAUAGCUGGUUACUCUACUGUGAAACAGUAUUUAAUGCAAUCGGAAAACAUCAUAGAGUGGUUUGUGAUUAUCAGCGUUUUCUUGAUAUCAUAUAUUUACACGAAUAUAACAUACACGUGGCAAAAUCAUGUCGGAGCUUUUGCAGUACUUGCAGGAUGGACCAAUUUGAUGAUGAUGAUAGGCCAAUUGCCAGUCUUUGGGACCUACGUUGCCAUGUACCAGAAAGUACAAAAGGAAUUUGCGAAGCUUUUAAUGGCUUAUUCGUGUAUAUUGAUUGGAUUUACAAUAAGUUUCUGUGUUAUCUUUCCCGACUCAUCCUCUUUCGCAAAUCCAUUUAUGGGAUUCAUAACGGUGCUGACUAUGAUGAUCGGUGAACUGAACUUGGAUUUGCUCCUGAACGAGCCAGAUGGAAAUGAUCCACCUGUGUUGCUAGAGUUCUCCGCUCAGAUAACGUACGUUCUAUUUCUCAUGUUUGUUACCGUGGUGCUCAUGAAUCUGCUCGUUGGUAUAGCUGUUCACGAUAUCCAAGGCUUGAGGAAAACAGCUGGCCUUUCUAAGCUUGUUCGCCAGACCAAACUUAUUUCAUACAUGGAAUUAGCAUUGUUUAAUGGAUACCUACCGAAAUGCCUGCUUAAAAUAUUGCAUUCGUCGGCCCUGGUUUCACCACAAGCGUACAGAGUUGUUUUGAGUGUUAAACCGUUGAAUCCCAGUGAAAAACGCUUACCGAGGGAUAUAAUGAUGGCAGCUUACGAUAUUGCUAAAAUGAGAAAACAGUAUGGUCACACGAUAUCGUCAAACGGUUCAACUACUGGAGCGUACUCGUGUUUCAAAAAAUAUGAAAAUAAUAAUGAUUCUGGAUAUCGGGAGUACGGCUACUCGUCAGGGAUUGGGAAUCUUCAAUCGAGAUUGGAUGAGACGUCAGAGAAUGUUCGUCUGUUGACACAGGAAGUGAAAGAGCUAAAGAAGCUGAUUAGUGCCCAACAGCUCGUAAUACAGCAAGCCCUGGCUGGAGCGAUGGAUAACCGUUGAUGUUAUAAUAGGCCAUUUAUUUUCAAUGCCAGCGGUAAAAGUCAACAAACUGUAGCGAGCACUUGUCGUAUAUCGUUACUCGUUUAAAACAUGAAUAAGGUUGCGAAUUUUAAACAAUAAAGUGAUUUUUGGUAGUAUAGAAAGUCGGGAGUUUUAUUAUUGUACUUUAGAUGGAGGUGGAUGAGCUGUGAUCGUUAAAGAUAAUGUGAUUUUGUGAUAUACCUAAGUAAUUUAUCAUCAUAAUAAAUUUAUUUUUUAAA